UACGACAUCGAAAUGGAUCACAAGCGGAUAUUAUUUAUGUUCAGCAUUGCUGCCCUGCUCCUAUGUAACAUUGUAAGCGCCGACGAAACGGAAACGGAAGUGGUGCCAGAGGAGCCGAGCGCCACUCAGCUGCUGGCGGCCGGGGAAACUGCCCAGGCUGAUUCCGGAGAUGAGAGCGUUAGGAAAGUGCGCCAGUACUUCGGGCCACCGCCGUUUGGACCUCCGCCACCGCCCUUCUUUGGCCCACCGCCACCACCGUACUACGGCGGUGGCUUCGGUGGCGGCUUCGGCGGUGGCUUCCAGAGAACGCGGGUGGUCACCCGCACCCGUUACCGCGGACGCGGUGGCUACUACGGCGGUGGAUUCUACGGCUAA